CUUCUCUUGCAUCCUGAAUCAGAUGACUCGGCUCAGCUAUCUCAGAUUGAGACCGAGAAACUUCUAGCUUUUCGAGUUGAAGAAGAAAUGAACAAACGAACAAAAGAAGGAAAGUACAAGGGGAAGAAAUUCAAUGCUAUUUGUCAUUUCUUUGGUUAUCAAGCUCGUGGAUCACUGCCAUCAAAGUUUGAUUGUGACUAUGCUUAUGUGCUUGGUCAUGUCUGUUACCAUAUUUUGGCUGCUGGCUUGAACGGUUACUUGGCAACUUUAACUAACUUGAAGAAUCCAGUGAAUAAGUGGCGCUGUGGAGCUGCUCCAAUAACUGCUAUGAUGACGGUUAGGCGUUAUGGUCAUGGUCCUGCUGCAUCAUCAUUCGGAAGACCUGCUCUUCAUCCUGCUACCGUUGAUUUAAGAGGGAAAACAUAUGAGCUGUUGAGACAGAAUGCCACAAAGUUCUUGUUGGAUGAUGUAUACAGGAAUCCCGGACCUCUUCAGUUUGAUGGCCCAGGUGCUGAUGCAAAGGCUUUAACUCUUUGUGUCGAGGACCAGGAUUACAUGGGCCGUAUCAAGGAGUUGCAGGAAUAUCUUGAUAAGGUACGCACAAUCGUGAAACCAGGGUGCACGCAAGAUGUGCUUAAAGCAGCUUUGAGUGCCAUGGCUUCUGUUACUAAUAUUCUCUCAGUAAUGUCAAAUGGCGGGAACACAAACUUCUAAACAAUGAGCAGCAAAUGCUCGGCCUUUAUUGAAGAGAUUUUAUGGCACCUCCAGUGUCUUCUACUGCACUAGGUGGAAAACAAAUGAGACUGGUGUGUUUGAGCACUGUUGUUAGGACUCCUGGGAUCUCUAUCUUGUCUUUUGAUCCUUGUAAUUUUGAGUUGUGAGGUAAUUGAGAGUGGAUUGUCCGCUGCGGUCUGAGGAAUGGUUCCCUUUUUCAUUUAUUUAUUUAUUGUUUUUAUGUUUUAAAAUAAGAGGACCUUUUGGACCCUUCAAAAAAAAAAGUACGCAAUAUUUACUCUAGUACUUGAAAUAAUAAUGUAGUUGCUCAAAA